UAGACUUAGUGGAGAAUGAUGUGGACACCUUGCAUGAAGAGAUAUAACACUCAGUGGGUCACUUGGUGAGAAAUGAUGUGGACACCUUGCAUAAAGAGAGAAACCAUCUAGUGGGCUUUAUCUUUAUAAGAGUGUAUGCUUUCAGUUUAUGCUUGCCAAAUAUAAAUAAAUCUAUAACUAAGCUAUAAAAACUCAAGUUUUUUUAGGACCAUGUAUAACAUAAUGGAUAAUAUUUUCUACAACUUCAUUUUUUUUUAUAAAAACUCAAGUUUUUGAAGAGCUAUAAAAACCCGUAGAGUUUACCUCAACACCAUAUUUUUUUUCCUUUUUGCUAGGGUGGACUGUAGAGUUACAUUCGGCAAAAAAAAUGAAAAAAAAAAGAAAGAGAGUGACAUGUGAUAAGGCCUGGCCCGCCUCCCUCCACUCCUCCAGCCUCACGGCCCAUGGGAGCCCAGGCCAGGCCCAUCGAACACAAUUUCUAAUUUUAUAUCCCUCGACCACCCAACCAGCCACAUGAUUUUGCGACUUUCCCAAAUUAACCCAAGCCACCUAGAACCUUCCCAAAAGCUUUCCAUCUCACACCCUCCGCUCCCCUCCACUACUCGCUGACGUGUACGCGUACGACUCCUCCUCACUUCUGGGCCCACGCGGGUCACGCAGGGGCAGACUCGUCAAUUCCUCGCCACGAACCGACUCCCACCCUCCCGGAUAUAAAUUCACACGCCCCGCCCCCAAUUCUCCCCUCCUGAUCCAAAUCCAAAUCGCCCGAAAUCCCGCCGCUCUCCCGCGCGAGAUCCGUUCCCAGCCAAAAAUUUCCCGCCCGCCGCCCGCCCAAAUCCUUCCCGCCCGCGCCCCCUCUCCGGAUUCAAACGGCCGCCGGGGGUCCGUCCUUUGAAACCCGAUCGGAUCUGACCCCUUCCCCCCACCGCACUCGGCACACCCGCGCUCUCCCCGCGCCGCGCCAAGGGAGGGGAAGCGACCGACCGGAUCCCGUCGGCGUCGCUCAUGGCGGUGAUCACCGGGCGGCCGCCGAAGCGCGUGCGGGUGACGGCGGGGCCGCGCGCGCUGGACCUGCGGCCGUUCCCGGCCGCCGGCGAGCCGGUGCCGCCGCCACCACGCGGGGCGUUCCGCGACUGCGUGCGCGCGUUCCUGGCGCGGUCCGCGGAGCCCGCCGACGGCGCGUGGCGGGUGGCCUUCCGCGUCGGGGAAGGGGGCGGGGACGGGGCGGUCGUGGGGAUGGAGGUGGUCGAGGAGGACGUGGCUAGGGCCGGGGCCGGGCGGAUCUACUGCGAGCACUGCACCGUUGCCGGCUGGAGCAGACACCCUGUUUGUGGGAGGAGGUACCAUUUCAUAAUUCGGAAUGAAUAUGACGUGCAAGACUACAAAACCUGCAAGCAUUGUGGGUUUAUGGCCCAGUUGUUUGAAACACGGUGCCCGUCAUGCAAAAAUGGGAUCUCCUAUGAUGAUCCGGAAGAUUGGGACUAUAGGCAGCUGGAUAAUCCACGUCACUUGCUGCAUGGCAUUGUACAUGAUAAUGGGUUUGGUCACCUUGUCCGGAUAAAUGGCAGAGAGGGUGGCUCUAGUCUUCUGACGGGGAUUCAACUGAUGGGUUUCUGGGAUCGGCUCUGCAAAUAUCUUAGAGUCAGAAAGGUCUCGCUGAUGGAUGUCUCUAAGAAGUAUGGAACUGAUUACCGGAUCUUACAUGCCAUCACCACUGGUUAUUCUUGGUAUGGCCAAUGGGGAUUCAAACUCAACAAAGGGAGCUUUGGAAUCACAUCAAAAGAAUACUUAAAAGCUGUAGACAACCUUUCCUCAACUCCAUUAUCACACUUCUUCCCCCACUCCCGAUAUCCUCGAAACCAGCUACAAGAUACCAUUUCAUUCUACCAAUCUCUUUCAAAGCACCCUCUCACCACAAUUCGUGAACUGUUCCUCUAUGUGCUGGGCCUUGCCACUAGCAAGGGUAUAAAUAUGCACUAUGGAUCAAUGCAUAAGGAGCAUUCACAUACCCAUAUGCAAGAGACAUGGUCUGAUGAGGAAAUAAAACGUGCAACAGAAAUUGCUAUAAAAGUUCUUCGCGCUGUUGAAAAAACAAGGUGGGUGGCCAUGCGAACCCUAAAGGCAGCCAUGUGCCAUCCAAUUGGUUCACCGCAGCUAGUUGACUACUGCCUCAAGACCCUUGGUACCAGAACAAUUGAUGGAAUGAUGGUUGCCGUCAGAUGCAACAGUGAGACAAACACCCUCGAGUACAGGCUUACAGAUGAACCCAUCAUCCUGCCGAAUGUAUCCAUGCCAACUCAAGACCAUCUUCACCGUGACAUAAAGUUCUUGCAUGAUGCUCUACUCUACCCACAUACAAUGCAUCCAUACAAACCGGAAAACUGUUAUGAGCAAGCCAAGAGGUCUGCCAUGAUACUUUUGGACUGCAAACAAUUCACGAAGCAUUAUGACCUGGAACAGGAGUUCUUGCCUCAAAACCCAUCCAUGUUGCACAUGUGGUGCCAAGUAGAGCUGUUAGACCAGGUUGGUGAUCCACCUUGCAUCCCACCAGAGCUCCUAACUCUUCCACAGACAGCAACUGUGGCUGAUCUAAAGGUGGAGGUGACCAGAACGUUCCAUGACAUCUAUCUGAUGUUACAGUCUUUUGUAGCCAAUCAGCUUCUUGACUGUGGAACUGCAAGUGAGUCAACUCAGCUCAAACUCUUGUUUGGAGCAAAUGGAACUGUUCGCGUCCAAGGCAGAUGUGCUGGUGGUGAACGCAGGGUUGGAAUUUACCGGAUGGAGAGAGGUGUGGAUAAAUGGACGGUCAAUUGCUCUUGUGGAGCUAAGGAUGAUGAUGGUGAGAGGAUGCUGUCUUGUGACUCUUGCCAUGUGUGGCAGCACACUAGGUGUGCUGGGAUUAGUGAUUUUGAUCAGGUGCCAAAGAGAUAUGUAUGUAACUCUUGUAAAUUACUCCACAAGCAUAAGAGCAGUGGGCCCAGGCCAGUUUAUAAUAGUGGCCCAAGCAAAAGAUGCAAGAUUGGCACAGGAGCCUUUAGCCAUGUAGGUGGGGGAUUUUUGAGGCCUCACAUUGGUUGACAUGUAAAUAUCAAUAAAAUAACAGCGAGUUUAUAUGACAUGCCAGUUUGUGGAUGUUAACUUUUUGAUAUAACUAAUAAAUUGUCUCAACUUA